AUGGAACGUCCAUCCUGCCGUCGUCGAAGACCGGCUUUGUCGUGCAUCGACUGCAGGCGCCGCAAAAUUAAGUGCGACAGGACCGAACCCUGUGCCCAUUGUGUGGCAUCCGGUUCUCAGUGUACCUACAAAGUGUACAAUGAUCCGCCUGUCGCUGGCGUACUCUCAGGUCCCGACUCACUACAGUCACCGUCGAGCCCGUCGGUCUCACUAGCAUCAGGUCCAGUACAGUCUCAGCAAUUGAAGGUGACUAGACCUGUCCCAGGACCCGACAUCCGUGGUCACCUUCACUUUAGACCGAACGCGGGGGUACAAAGUACUGACCGACACGUUCUCGGCAGUAAUGACAGCCAACCGACGGACACUAUUCCGAGCACUUCCGCCGAACUUCACGGUCUCCUACGAAGGAUCGAGAAGCUUGAGGAGUCGUCUUUGUCCGCCAAGGUUGAGGGCUUGACCGAGACGGGCCGUAGCAUUCUCACAGGCAUGCGAGGUUCGGAGGUCAUGUUGAAGAAAACAAGGAUGGCAAAUUGGAGUGAUUGGAUGAGUAAUGCGCCAGAGUUUGAUCCAGUUAUGGCAUGUCAUGUCAAUGCAUUUGUUCGAGAUGGAGAAGCCUCUUCUGACGAGGCUGAGCUCAAAGCCACUUGGGUGGAGAUGAAAGAACUAUUGCAGAAAUGUAAGAACGUUGCAAAAAGCAUCAAGAAGGCUCGACCUAGCCGAGGAUUCUCAACCCGUGAGAUGCCUCUUGCGCCUCCUGCCCGUGAGGUGGCUGAUGCGAUGGUCGCACUAUACUUCCAAUACUUCGAGUCUGCGCACCGGAUUCUUCAUGUGCCUACGUUUUGGACGGAAUAUCAAAUUUACUGGGACUCCCCAGCGACUGUAUCAGCUGGGGUUCGUAUCAAAAUUCUCCUCGUCAUUGCCGUAGGAUUCGGCAUGUCCAGCGGGCAAGUCGUUGACGAUGCCUUUUCUGACAUGGUACAUCAGUGGAUAUACACUGCCCAAAAUUGGCUCUCCGGACCUUUGGAAAAAGAUAGAGUGAACAUCAACGGGAUUCAGGUCCACUGUCUAACUAUUCUCGCACGGCAAAUCUUCUGCGUUGGAGGAGACCUGGUUUGGAUGUCGAUGGGCUCACUUGUUCAUCGUGCUAUGCAAAUCGGUCUGCAUCGCGAUCCAAAAUACUUGCCAACAAGCUCCUUGUUGCAAGCCGAGAUCCGUCGAAGGUUGUGGGCAACAAUCCUUGACAUGGUUGUUCAAACAUCUCUGGACUCGGCAAUGCCGCCGAGAAUAUCCUUCGACGAGUUUGACACAGAAGCGCCCGCCAAUAUUAAUGACCACGAGAUCGACGAUUCGACCGAGCUGCUACCAGUUCGUCCGCGAAGCACCUUUACCUCGACCUCGAUACAACUAAUUCUUUAUGACAAUUUGCGCCUCCGUUUGCGGGUGCUCCGGCUUAUCAACGGCUUACACUCCGAGCUCUACUAUCCAGAUGUCCUGACCCUGAGCUCAGAAAUCACGGAUGCAUAUCGUACAUGUAACAAAUUCUUGGACGAAAAUGCGAACUUCGGCGCGACCUCGUUUCAUAAGUGUCUGCUCGAGUUCCUCUUGCGCCGCUUCCUGCUACCGUUGCAUUGCCCAUUCGCCAGUAAGGCCCGAACCAACCAGUUGUUCUACUACUCGCGGAAGGUCAGUCUUGACACCGCAAUGGCAAUGGCAUGCCCAGAGCCAGAUGAACAGUUUUCUCGCUUAUUGUCUAUUAGUGGAGGAUUGUUUCGCGAGGGCAUGAGGUGCGCACUCACGGUCAUCACCUUUGAGCUUAUAUCGCAGGCUGAGAUUCAACAUUUGGACGGCACAUUGGAGCGCAACUCACAGUCGAGGGAAAUUCUCAAAGAAGUCGUCAGGAACCGAAUGGCGAUAGCCCUUGAGCGGAUCCGCCAGGGUGAGACGAACAUCAAAGCCCAUCCAUAUCUGGCCAUGAUCUUGGCCUGGGUUGAAGCACUCGAGACUGAUAGUCCACAUCAGUUGAAGAUCGCGAAGAGUGCAAGAGAUAGCCUUGAGCUCUGUCAUGGAUUGCUGCAGGCACGGAUCGAGAGUAGCACUAUUCCCUGUCCUGAUCACCAUAGUGAUAUGCCUCCAGGCACUUAUGCUGGAUAUGGGGAAUAUGAUAUUGAUCUAGAUCUAGAUUUGGACAUGGAUUUGGAUUUCUUCUUACCGCAGGCAGAGACUUAUUAG